GAUGUGCCCAUCUCUCUGUCAAUGCUGGUCCCUAACGCCACAGCGCUAGAGUUCCUCCUGGCUCAGCACACGCCCUUCAGUCGUGACCUCAUCGAUGCUUUCAUCUACACUCCAAUCAACCCAACAAAACUCAUUGAGCUGGCUAUAUCAGACAACUGGAACACGACUCUAUGCACUGAAGAGGGUCUGAGGAUGCUGUUUGUCUUGCCGGAGGGACUGAACGUGACGAACCUACAGGGGGCGCUGUGCAGUGUGGAUUUUCAGAAAACCCUGACGGAAUUGCUGGAAAAUGGUGCAAUUGAGAACAUUAUUUCUGUGAUUAUUGACCAGUUGUACCUGAGUAUCAUACCAGAGCUCACUCUUCCAGACUUUGAUUUGACAGCCUUGACAGACCUCAUCCCCAGGAUAAUCUCUGGGGUACGAACCGGAAACAUGCAGAACAUUGGCCAGUACUUUGAAAGCUUGAACAGCCUAACAGUGAUGUUUUCCAAUGAAACAUGGUACCAAGAUACCAUCAGACAGCUCCAGUUUAUGGAUUUCAUCACAAAGACAUUCGCAGAUAAAAUCAUAAUGCUGGAAGGCCGCUCCAUUACUUUCCCUGAACUUGGUAACCUGCUGGCAAACUCCUCUGAGAUUCAACGGAUUCUUCUUGAUGAUUACAGCGUGAGCUUUGGCAUUGUGGAAGCGAUGAUGACCCUCAGCCUUCAACCUGAGAAGUUGAUAUCGUUUUUCAACAUGUCGAACCCCUUCGUCACGCUGUGUGCUACUGGCCAGUUCUCAUCGUUCUUCUACUCGCCUCUCAAUCCUGAGUUUGACAUCAGCAGCCUCGAGCAGGCCGUUUGUAAGAUUGACUUUGAACAACUGGUGAUGGAAUUCAAAGAUCUUGUGUCUUUCGAUGAAAUUCUGGAACAGAUCCAACUCUCGGCCUCCACUAACCAAACUGGUCCCUAUAACUGGACAGCGGCCUAUGUAACAGACGAGAGGUUGACCCAGGCCAUAUCACAGCUGACCGUGAACCCUCCACAGCUGACCUUGGAUGAGGUCUGGGUCAACAAAACUCUGGAAACAUUGAUUAGUUUGGGUGACCGACUGAACAAGGCCCAGGAGAGGCUCAGUGGAGUUUCACCUUCAGAUAUAUCAAGUUCCUUUGAUAGUCUAGCUGAGAUUCUAGAGCAAGGCAUUAUGGCCAACCAGUCCUGGGCGAUCGAGAUGGCUUCUUCUCUCAGGACAAUAAAUGGUGUGCUGGGAUACACCAACAACAAACUCUGGCCGCUUCCAGGGAGGAACAUCACACUGCAGGACCUGCUGCCACCUGACAUCGCUACCUACAUUGAAUCAACCUCUGACCUCACCCCAGAUGUCAUAGCAUUGCUUCUCCAUUCGUCCGUCAAUACUGCUUCAUUGCUUGUUGCUAAUGCUACUUGGUUAGACGCGCUAUGCUCGGAUGCUCAAAGCCUUCCCUUGAUGCUUCAGCUGCCUCCCGAUGUGGACGUAGAUGCGGCCCAUCAAGCUAUAUGCUAUAUAGACUAUGAUCAAUGGACUGAUUCUUACGAGCAGGAGAUACAGAGUAUUCUGAUUGAGGUUGAGAGCGGGAAAGAAGUGAACUUCACAUCUAUCACAGAGAACUUCCAGAAACUAUCCCUUGGUAUCCAGACCCUCAUCGAGAAUCCACCGACGCUGCUCAAGUACAACGAAGAAUGGUUCCAGAGUAUCAUCCUACGAACCGGGGCUAUUCUUCAGACCACCUUUAACGACACCCGGUUCUACACGGACCCUAAUAGCAUAUCUUUACUGUUGAAUGAGAUGUGGAAUCAAAUAGCAGUUUCCGAUCCGUCGCUCUUGAUUCAGGCCAGGAUGAAUGAUUACUUCACACAAAUAAUCCUCGAUAAUCUCAAGAUGUUUCCAGGCCGCACCUACACCUUCCCAAAACUGGAUGAGCUGUUUGGUGAUACAACAUAUGUGAGAGAACUUCUCAGUCACAGUGACAUCGCCCCUGAGAUCAUUGACACAUUCAUGAUCCUUGCCGUAGACCAACAGAAGAUCGUGUACCUGGCAAGCACUCCUAAUGUGUUCGUCGAGCUGUGUCAGACUGGUCAGUUCUCAACGUUCUUUCAGCUCCCUCCCGAUUCACCUACCGAUAUCACUCUGGUUGAAGAUGCAUUCUGCAAGACAAACCUCACGUUGGUCCUAGCCGAGCUGGACCAGAAAUUCAAGUUCUCUGAGACUGCUACUAAGUUCCAACGCAUCAUCAGCAGCGACCCCACCCUGCCUCCAUUCAACCAGACCGCUGCUUCUCUUCGCAUGAUAGAGCUCUCAAACCUCAUCACGGCCCUCAUUGAGACCCCACCAACAGUGACCGUUGACCUUGUCUGGUGGGAGAACGUCUAUAACAGGUCCGAAGUCAUUGUCAUGCAGUGGCUGCAGAGACUGACCGAACAGGCCAUGAACGGUAGCAGUGUACCUGGACUUGAGCUUGUGCUUGCUCAGCUCGGGACGUUGGACAUUCCUGGUUUUGAUGUGGAUCAGUUUGAGAUGUGGAUUGGACAGACUCAGCAUAUCCCAACUCUUAUUACACAACUCCUCAGUGGUCAAGCAACCAAUGUGAGUACAGCUGUCAUUGUACCCAUACUGCAAGAGCUCUUCCCCGAUCCCGAUCUCAUGAGGGAGCUUCUCAACUCAACAGGACUACCUCAAGAUGUCAUAGAAGUCUUUCUACAGAUGAGACUACAGCUUACAAAGUGGCUUCCGAUGUUGACGAGUCCCGAUCCACUUACUGCGGUGUGCGAGGGUGGACUCUUCAAAGAUAUCUUCAUUCUUGCAAACACGUCCAUCGACAUCCAAUCCAUCGACAUCCAAUCGAUCGAGGAUCAAAUCUGCUCUCUUAAUCUCACAGACAUUAAUGGCCUUCUCAGUGAACUCUUCACGUCGGACCUUGAUGCUGUUGUUCUUGAGCUUGUUAAGGUUUUCUAUCAAGUCCCAGGUCUCGAUCUCCAGACUGCCCUCAAUGUCAGCCGAGAGAUUUCAGCGAUCAUCUCCAAUCUGAUCUCAGACCCUACUAACUUUGAAUUAAAUCCAAUGAGCAUCAUUGAGUUACUGCAGUCCCUUGACAUUCCUGGUCUGAAUGAAACCUCGGUCCAGGACUGGUUGAAGCAGGUCCAACUCAUGCAGUACAUUAAUGACGUCAUUGCAGAUUUGUUGGCAAGCAACAAUGGGACAGAGUUUGCCAUCCCAACCUUCAAUGAGCUAUUCCCAGAUCCUACUAUUGUUGUACAGCUGUUGACUGAUCUUGGUGUUCCUAAUGACGUCACUGAAGCUUUCUUAUACAUGGCUGUUCAAGCGGAUCAGUGGACAGAGAUAUGGAUGAAGCCCGACCCUCUCCAAGCUGUCUGCAAUACAAGUCUCUUUCAAGACAUCUUCACCCAGACUCUCAACUCCUCCAUUGAUAUCCAGACCAUCCAGGCAACACUCUGCUCUCUUAACCUCUCUGACAUUGAUGCUUUACUGAAUGAUAUCUUCAACGCAAACGGUAUGAUUGUUCAGCUUGUUCAGGUUUUCUAUCAAGUCCCAGAUUUUGAUCUGCAGACUGCCCUCAACGUCAGCCGAGAGAUAUCAGCGAUCAUCUCCAAUCUGAUCUCAGACCCUACUAACUUUGAAUUAAAUCCAAUGAGCAUCAUUGAGUUACUGCAGUCCCUUGACAUUCGUGGUCUGAAUGAAACCUCGGUCCAGGACUGGUUGAAGCAGGCCCAACUCAUGCAGUACAUUAAUGACGUCAUUGCAGAUUUGUUGGCAAGCAACAAUGGGACAGAGUUUGCCAUCCCAACCUUCAAUGAGCUAUUUCCAGAUCCAACCGUCGUUGUACAACUGUUGACUGAUCUUGGUGUUCCUAAUGACAUCACUGAAGCUUUCUUAUACAUGGCGGUUCAAGCGGAUCAGUGGACAGAGAUAUGGAUGAAACCUGACCCUCUCCAAGCUGUCUGCAAUACAAGUCUCUUUCAAGACAUCUUCACCCAGACUCUCAACUCCUCCAUUGACAUCCAGACCAUCCAGGCAACACUCUGCUCUCUUAACCUCUCUGACAUUGAUGCUUUACUGAAUGAUAUCUUCGAGGCAAACAGUAUGAUUGUUCAGCUUGUUCAGAUUUUCUAUCAAGUCCCAGAUUUUGAUCUGCAGACUGCCCUUAACGUCAGCCGAGAGAUAUCAGAGAUCAUCUCCAAUCUGAUCUCAAACCCUGCUAACUUUGAAUUAGAUCCACAGAGCAUCAUCAAGUUACUGCAGUCCCUUAGAGUUCCUGGUCUGAAUGAAACCUGGGUCCAGGACUGGUUGAACCAGGUCCAACUCACGCAGUACGCUAAUGACAUCAUUGGUUGGUUGGCAAGCGGCAAUGGAACAGAGUUUGCCAUCCCAACCUUCAAUGAGCUGUUCCCAGAUCCUACUAUCGUUGUACAACUGUUGACUGAUCUUGGUGUUCCUUAUGACAUCACUGAAGCUUUCUUAUACAUGGCUGUUCAAGCAGAUCAGUGGACAGAGAUAUGGAUGAAGCCUGACCCUCUCCAAGCUGUGUGCAAUACGAGUCUCUUUCAAGACAUCUUCACCCAGACUCUCAACUCGUCCAUUGACAUCCAGACCAUCCAGGCAACACUCUGCUCUCUUAACCUCUCUGACAUUGAUGCUCUACUGAAUGAUAUCUUCAAGACAAACGGUAUGAUUGUUCAGCUUGUUCAGGUUUUCUAUCAAGUCCCAGAUUUCGAUCUGCAGACUGCCCUCAACGUCAGCCAAGAGAUAUCAGCAAUCAUCUCCAAUCUGAUCUCAAACCCUGCUAAGUUUGAAUUAGAUCCACAGAGCAUCAUUGAGUUACUACAGUCCCUUGAUGUUCCUGGUCUGAAUGAAACCUGGGUCCAGGACUGGUUGAAGCAGGUCCAACUCAUGCAGUACAUUAAUGAUGUCUUUGCUGAUUUGUUGGCAAGCAACAAUGGGACAGAGUUUGCCAUCCCAACCUUCAAUGACCUGUUCCCAGAUCCGACCAUCAUUGUACAACUGUUGACUGAUCUUGGUGUUCCUGAUGACAUUACUGAAGCUUUCUUAUACAUGGCUGUUCAAGCAGAUCAGUGGACGGAGAUAUGGAUGAAGCCCGACCUUCUCCAAGCUGUCUGCGAUACGAGUCUCUUUCAAGACAUCUUCACCCAGACUCUCAACUCCUCCAUUGACAUCCAGACUAUCCAAGCAACACUCUGCUCUCUUAACCUCUCUGACAUCGAUGCUUUACUGAAUGAUAUCUUCAAGGCAAACGGCAUGAUUGUUCAGCUUGUUCAGGUUUUCUAUCAAGUCCCAGAUUUUGAUCUGCAGACUGCCCUCAACAUCAGCCGAGAGAUAUCAGCGAUCAUCUCCAAUCUGCUCUCAGACCCUACUAACUAUGAAUUAAAUCCACAGAGCAUCAUUGAGUUACUGCAGUCCCUUGACAUUCCUGGUCUGAAUGAAACCUGGGUCCAGGACUGGUUGAAGCAGGUCCAACUCAUGCAGUACAUUAAUGAUGUCAUUGCGGAUUUGUUGGCUAGCAACAAUGGGACAGAGUUUGCCAUCCCAACCUUCAAUGAGCUAUUCUCAGAUCCUACUAUCGUUGUACAACUGUUGACAGAUCUUGGUGUUCCUAGUGACAUCACUGAAGCUUUCUUAUACAUGGCUGUUCAAGCAGAUCAGUGGACAGAGAUAUGGAUGAAGCCCGACCCUCUCCAAGCUGUCUGCGAUACGAGUCUCUUUCAAGACAUCUUCACCCAGACUCUCAACUCCGCCAUUGAUAUCCAGACCAUCCAGGCAACACUCUGCUCUCUAAACCUCUCUGAUAUUGAUGCUUUACUGAAUGAUAUCUUCAAAGCAAACGGUAUGAUAGUUCAGAUAUCUAUACUCCUCUUCAAUGAUCCCACCAUGGAUUGGGCGACGGCAUGGAACAUCAGCAUUUACUUCAGUCAAAUGUUUGAUGAGCUAUUCCAGAAUCCUCCCAUGAUAGAGCAAGACAUAAAGCAGCUAACACUUUCUCUGUUUAGUGAGCUGGAGAGUAUGCUUAGGAUGUAUGGUGUUUGGGAUGAGGCUGAACAUUAUCUGAAAUAUGUUGAAUUCUAUCUUCAAGUCGUAGGACAUCACCUCGGCAACUCAAACAACUUCUUGAAGGAUUUAUUUGAUCCGACCGUCUCGCUGGAUACCUUGGUACGCUACGUUGGCAUGUCACCGGAAGAAAUAAGAACCGCUUUACUUGGAGAUGUCACAGAUAUAUCCUUUCUUGCUGAACUGUACUAUGGGGACGGGGACUGGAACUACCUAUUCUAUUGCGAUGACAAAGAACAGUUUGAAUCUAAUUAUAACACUACCAACGAUGGGUUCUUGGACCUGUUUGCUGUCAGAGAGGCCUUCUGUUCUCUGAACAUCUCAGAGUUCUUUGAGACUGCCAAGAAUAUCUAUGGCUUUGAUUUCCUACGACUGGCAGAGCUGGAAUCCAUAAGGAGUAGGAACGGCUCAAGUCCUGGUCUUGAUAUCGAGUCUCUCGUAGAUGUUGCAACUGACAUAGCUCAGAUGAUCACAGAUCUGGCUAAUCUACCAUCUAUGCUGACCAAAGACCUGGACUUGGACUUCUUCUUGAUGAGACUAACAAACUUGUCUAAUGCGAUUGACGAACAGGAUUAUGAGCAGCUGAUCGCACUCCUGGGCGAGCUUGCUCCGUUGCUUCGAUCACCCGACAUCGUCUACCAGAUCCAGGCUUCUCUUAUGUCAAGUAGUGAUAUCUUGUCAUGGUUUGAAUCUAUAGAUUCUACAGACCCUGUGACGUGGUUAGAGCGUAUCGAGGGAGCACUGAAUGAAACACUCUUAUGGCACACCAUUCUCCCUGCUCUCAAUUUUGUUGAUCUUCUCAUCGAAGUAGACCUUGAUGCUCUCAACCCCCUUGGUUACAAGUACUAUGACUUGAUAACCAAUGAGACUGCCCUUCAACAGUACCUGACCGAUCUUCUAGGCUUGGCCCCAGAGUACGCAGAGGCAAUCACACUAUCUGGAGUCAAAGAUGUACUUGUGCUUGCCGAUCAUCACUUGUCCGGGACAUGGGAGUCCACCUACUGUGUCACGGUAGAUUCAGCUAAUGGAACAGACUUGAACCUGACUGCAGUCUACUCACUCCUAUGUAACCUUGAUCGAGAACAGUUCUUUGAGAGCCUGAACACUCUCAUGGGCAUCGAUGUCCUAAGAUUGACACAAUGGAUUGGCGAUGUGACGAACCCAGAGAGAGGUGUGGUGCAGAGGUUUGACUGGCAGACACUGGUAGGCAAUGUACAGUCCCACAUAGAUACGCUGACUGGCCUCACUAGCAUAGGACAGAUAGGAGGUGUUAAUGUGACCCAGGUCGAGAAUCUUAUCCAGAAACUUCAGCAGGGAAUCGAGCAGUUUGAUUACGAGGUGUUGAUUGAACAAAUGGAGAUUCUAAACCAGAUUCUUUACUUGAAUGGUGAAUGGGACAACAUCAAAGGUUACAUAAAUGCUGUCACUAACAUUGUUGAAUGGAUUAAUCCACAACUGGAGAAUGCACAUGCUAAUAACGUUACCCUGAGUGAGUUGAUUACCCAUCAUGCAACAGUUCUUCAGAAUCUCUACUACGCCCUGGGCAGCGACCUAUUCCCUCAGCUCAUUACAGCAUUGGUGAAUCCACAACAGGCAAUGACACUGAAUACCCAUGAUGAUAUUGAGACGGUAGUCUGUGACGCAGACUCCUUCAACGAGCUUCUCAAACCCACCCUCUAUUCUGACACGAACUCACUCCAGACGUCGCUGUGCUCUCACCUUAUGUCGGGUCAUCCAACCAUAGCCAAUGACCUAAUGACCCACUUCAACAUAGCUCCUCUGGAGCAUGAGAUUACCGUCCUCGCUACGAACAACUUCGACUUAGGUUUCCAGGACCAGGACAUUGAUAUGCGUCGUAUGGUUAACGAAUUUGAGAAGCUGUCAAAUGGAUUAAUUUUAAUAACCAUCAGAGACGUUAUGAAUCAUGCUGGUCUUAACAUCACCAUGCUGCCCACCAUAGAUAACCUGGAUGAUAUUCUAAUGAUGGUCUCUGGAUCUCUGACCAGCACAUUACCCGCCCUACCCCUAUGGGAUGAGGUCUUCUACCCCAUCCUGGGAAGGCUAGACUUGGCCAUGAUUAUGGUGGAGGAUCUGUUCUUCUCACUACCUGAUCGUGAAGCUGAGAUACAGACCGUCCUGGACAAUGAUACCAUCGUUAAUGCUGCAAUACCAGUCAUCCUGACCGAGGUUCCUAAGGUUAUAAUGGCAUGGAAUGAAGUGAUGGAACAACCUUUACAGAUACCUGUGCUCAGUAAAUUGAUCAUAGAACUGCUGAAGGGCUCUUUUGAAGGCAUCUCUGAAUUAGAUCCCUCUUUCCUGAGUGACUUUUUGACACCAGGUAACUCCACCAACGGGUCAUCUACAGCAGUAUUUGAUCUCAUCGUGAGUCUAAAUACAAUGCUUGUCACUGACUUUGGGCAGCAGCUUUUGGAUGUCUUCAGGAUCAGAGAGAAUGCUGAAAGGCUGGACAUCAUUACUGACUUUGACAGCAAGGACCUUCCCCCGUUCGAUGCUGCAUUCAUCGGUCGUUCCAAAGACUUUGUAGAGAAGGCUAUGGACUGUGCCGCGAAUCCUGAUGGUUGCAUCGUAGAUCUCCAAGCUCCACCUACCCUAGACCUCCUGGUGAAGUUGAUCGAGAUACCUAACCAGUUGCCUGAGGGCAGCUUGGAAAGCCUUGGGGAUGUGUUUGUUAUCUUAGCUCCUGUUGUAGAGGACUUAUUUCAGCAGCUUGGGAACGGGACAGGAGAGUUUGGAAACAGCCUCAACCUGGUUUUCUCCUUUCUUAGGACAGUCUUUGAAUCAAACAAAGUUCCUCUUACUGAUGUUCUGUCUAUCUUCGAGUUCGAGGAGGCACUGUUGAAUGGCUCCAGCAUCUAUCAAUUCUUGAAAGAGAACACCGACCUGACCGAGAUCGAUCUCCUGACCCUAAGGAAUAGUUCAAUCAACGCUACAGUGCUAUUCAAACUCUUUGAUCUCGGAGUGAAAGACUCUGUUAAUCUGCCUUGCAAUGAAGCCUUGCUCGAUGAUCUUCUCCUCGAUGUCGACUCCACACUGAAAGAAGAAAUCCUCAAGGGAUUGUGUAGCAAUGGAACACUCAUUGCAGUAGAAUUCUUUCGCACCAACAUCGACUUGAAAACAGUUAUUGAUCUGAUUAACAAAAAUGCUGGACAAACAUUUCCGGAAUUCCUCUUGGAGACCUUCAAUGCCAUCGGGAACUUGUCUGAAGUAGAUUAUGAGGCGCUUGGAGAGUUUGUAGCUAUUGUCCUUCCAGCCCUCUUCGAUGACGGUGUCCCGACGAUCUCUGAUCUUGAUACACUGGCAGAGAAUAUCAACAUUACGAUAAGGGCCCUUAGAAGCGUGGAUGCCCUGUUGACUCUUACUGAAGGAUUAUUCAAAGACUUCCCGACCUAUCGCGAUGUCCAGCAACUGAUUAGAACUCUACUGGACAAUAUCUACGUUCUUGAACUUUUGGCUGAAAUCCCAGAUUUGACUGUGAACAAUAUUCUGAAGGAUGAGCGUGUACUCCAGGACUUCUUGGUUGAGAAUACAGCUCUACAACAGAGUGAGGCCAGGGACAUCACGUAUGCUACCUUCAAUCUGGAGGAGCUCUUCCUGACCGAAAUCACCAAGCUCCUGGAGAAGCUUUGUGAUCCCGAUUACUUGAGCACCAUCCUCAUCUUCUCAAAUCAAACCAAUGCUACGAUCCUUGCCGAUACCAUGUGUGGUCUCUCAGGUGAUCAGGUCGCCACGCUCAUUGAAACCGCCCUCCCGUUUAUCGAUGUCAGUGCCAUCGUGAAUGUGAGUUAUUUGGCCGACAGUUUUGGCGGGGCAUUCAGCAUCAGCAACGAAACUAUCAGUCAAGUGAUGCAAUCCAUCGAGUCCUUAGAGGCGGUUACCAUGGCAUUACCGGCCUUGCAGGAGGCCAUCGCCAGUUUCAACGAUGACCCAGCUAUAGAGAGGUUGAGAGAAAUGGCUGAACUUGGAUUCUUCACAGGAGAAGAGAUCUCUGCAGUCACUCAAGAGAUUGUUUGUGGUAGCACCAGCUUGAGAAAACGUAGAGCCACCGAAGAUUUCAUUCGUACAUUUGAAGAUGCUACUAUCACUGAAAAUAAAGAUGACUUUUGUGUGAACAUCUUUAGUUCCAUUGUGGAUGGUAUUGAUGGACGUCUAGUCUGGGCUUACCUUAAGCCUAUCGUAGCGGGCAGCAUUCUCUACUCUCCGGAUAUUGCACCCGUCAGACGCAUAAUUGAAAAGGCAAACAGAACCUUUGAGAACAUUGCCCUCACUCAGCGGUUUGCUAAAGUCUGGUUGAGGAGCGAAGGAGACUUGGGAACAGCGCUCGAUCCCGACACGCUUACUGCUACCAUGACAUUGCUAGAGAACUCUUACGUCCAAGGGCUCCUUGAGGAUCAGUAUGGCAUCAACUCUGACAUGUUCACGGACGUCCUCAGUGGAAACCUUACAUCUAUGGAUCCAGGCCAAAUCCAGACUCUGAAUCUGCUGGCAGAACUGGUCAGCAAUUUGACGACAUGCUUCAACUUGAAUCGGUUCAUUGGAUAUGACAACGAGGCAGCCAUGGUUGAGGACGCAAGGAGUUUUGACAAAGAUAACACUCUGCUCGCUGCUCUAGCCUUCGAUAUUCCUGCAGAUGCUACGGAACUGCCUGCGCACAUCAAAUACAAGAUUCGUAUGGACUCGGACAAUACACCACCUACGGACAUGCUGAGAGACAUCUUUCUAACACGUUCAUCAGCCAACGACUUUGUAUUUGAUUUACGCUACCUGCGUGGUUACAUUAUGCUUCAAGAUAUGGUUGAGGGCAGCAUUGUGUCGCUGCAAGCCAGCCCUGAUAUACAGCCUCCCGGAGUCUAUCUUCAGAUGACACCAUAUCCAUGCUACUUGAAUGAUGAGUUUAGUGCCAUCUUCACCCUGGUUCUACCGCUUGUGAUGACCAUCAGCUUUGUGGUUCUGAUAGGGGUCAUGACCCAUCAGCUCGUCUAUGAGAAAGAAAGAGGAAUCGAAGAGUUGAUGAAGGUGAUGGGUCUCCCGGCGGGUGCAAACUGGUGGGCGUGGUUUAUUUCUAACUCCCUCCUCCUUGUCCUACUCUCCUGUGUGGUUGUCAUCAUCAUGACAUAUGGGAACAUCUUGCCAAUGACGGAUUGGUCUCUCCUACUCGUCUUCAUUUUAGAUUACUUUUUCUCUCUUAUCAUGUUCUGCUAUCUAGCUAGUGCUGUAUUCCAGAGAGCAAGCAUUGCCUCCCUGGCUUCAAUUCUAGUAUAUUUGAUCUUCUACCUGCCAUAUAUAGCUAUCUUUGCCUCAGAAUCAUUGCUUGAUGCCUUGUGGAAACUCAUUGUACCGUGUAUAUUCUUCCCGUCUACGUUCAGUAUUGGUUGUCUCGUGAUCAGUCAGUUUGAAAACAUGGGCGUUGGCGCUCAAUGGCAUCUGAUAUGGAACAAUGCAUUGGAUGAAGAAAUCAGCUCCAUGGCCUUCGUUCUCAUUGCCUUAGCUGUAGAUGGCGCUGUUUACCUCAUCUUGGGCUGGUACAUCAAGACCCUCUUCCCUGGUAAAUAUGGUGUUCCAAGGAAAUGGUACUUUCCCCUGCAACCCUCGUUCUGGUGCCCUUGCUCGAUUUCUAAGAAACACGACAUGCAGCAGUACAUCAAUUCAGCUUUUGAUCCAGAGUCUGGAGUGGCCCUAACUAGUCAAGAUCCAGUGGUAGAAGAAGAUCCCUCCAAUCAUCCAGUCGGGAUCGCCAUCUUGAAUCUCACGAAGGUCUACCGGUCAUGCUUCAAAGAGGAGAAAGUUGCCGUUGAUAGCCUUUCACUCAACUUCUUUGAGGGACAGGUGACAGCAGUACUAGGACACAACGGAGCAGGAAAAACAACCACCAUUAACAUCAUCACAGGUCUCUUCCCUGCAACCUCUGGCAAGGUCUACUUACAGGGCGUCAAUGUCUCUAAGAAAGCCAUGUCAACCAGAGAGAACUUGGGUGUCUGUGUCCAGCACAAUGCCCUUUAUGAAAACUUGACUGUGAGAGAGCACAUGGCCAUGACUGGAAGGGUCAAAGGUCUCCGUGGAAAAGCUUUGGAUGAUGACAUCUACAAUCUUCUGCAAGACGUUGGACUCCUCAAGAAAUCAGAGGAGAGGGUCAAGAACUUGUCCGGUGGAAUGAAACGCAAGCUUUCCGUUGCCAUGGCGUUCGUGGGACACUCUACGAUCAUUAUCUUGGAUGAACCGACAAGUGGAGUAGAUCCUCAUGCCAGACGCGCUAUCUGGAAUCUCAUCAUGAAGCAGAAGACAGGUCGUACCAUCGUGCUCUGUACACACUUCAUGGACGAAGCGGACAUCUUGGGCGAUCGUAUCGCCAUCUUGGAUCAAGGUCAUCUCCGUUGCUGCGGGUCGCCGGCCUUCCUCAAGUCUCGUUUCAGCUCGGGUUACCGUCUCAGUCUGGCCAAAGAGGCUACCAGCGGAGGAGGCACUCCUACCGACCAUGGAGCAGAGGACUUCAAGACUGAGGCUGUUCCCAACAUCUAUGACACCAUGAGGACUGCAACCAGUGAUGUACCAAGCACUUCCAGUGGCAUUGCAACUGAUCCAGGUUCAUCCUUUGACACUAGCAACGUCACGGAUUUCAUCCAAGCCCGCAUCCCUUCUGCCAGGCUACAGGAUGACAUCGGUACCGAGCUGGUGUACGUACUCCCGGUCGACAGCGGAGAGCGAGAAAAGUUCCAAGAACUGUUUGAAGACCUUGACAGUAGUCUUGGAGAACUCUGCAUCAAGAGUUACGGCAUAUCCGACACCACACUCAAAGAGGUGUUCUUGAAGGUGUCCACAGGCACAAGCAGGUCUGUUGAUGAAGAGGCAGGGAUACUCAAGAACAACAACUGGAGCCUGAGGAAAGGUGGCCAGACGUUCUCUAUUGCAACGGGAAUCACCCAUGAAGACAAACCUUACCAACCAUAUGGACAUUUAGUGAAAGCAGGUCGUGCAUCUGACAAAAAUUCUGUUCUUCUCAGCGCCUGGGGUAUGCUGAUCAAGAGGCUUCACUUUGUGAGACGUGACUGGCAGGGUUUGAUCUGGACUAUUCUCAUGCCCGUUGUCUUGGUUGCCUUAGCCAUCGGCUUCUCCCAGCUCAGUCAGCUUGACCCAGAAAACCCGAGACAGCUCACACCAGCCAUGUUCAAUCCUAACAGCUAUGCCUUCUUCAGCGAUGAGUCAGAGGGUGAAAUAGGACAGAGAUUGACCGAUGCCCUCAUUAACCCUCCAGGACUUGGGACAACAUGUAUGGCAGAUGCUGACCAAAAGGACCUUUAUCCUUGUGUGGAAUCCAAUGCCCACCUGAUAGAUCAACUCUACAAUUACAACCUCUCGUUAUUGGCUGAGGUACCGGAGGACCAAUGUCGAUGUACCGAGACAGGCUUUGGGCAGGAGUGUGAAGCAGACGCUGGAGGCAUCCCGCCGCCCACGUGGCUUACGGAUACCCAAGUCUUUCUCCAAGACAUCUCGGUAAAAGAGGAUAAAGAUCGGUACCUCUUGGACACUCAAUUGCAAUUUAGAAACUCAAGGUUUGGAGGUGUUAGCUGGUUUGAUGAUAUGGAAUCAAAUCAGACGCAAGCCAAGGCUUGGUAUAAUAAUCGUGCUUACCAUGCCAUGCCAACAUUCCUGAAUGUCAUGAACAACAUCAUACUGAGGGCAACAGUCAACAAUAACUCACAUGAAUAUGGAAUCACAGCGUACAACCAUCCAUUAAAACUUUCCAAACAGGACCUUGGCAUUAACAUCUGGCUGGAUGCGGCAAAGACUUUCGGUAUCGUUAUCGUCAUCGUUGCUGCCCUAGUGCUCAUCCCAUCUGCGUUUUCCAUGUUCCUCGUCAAUGAAAACAUCAACGGAUCCAAACGGCUUCAUUACGUCUCGGGCGUCGGCACUCUCACUUACUGGCUUACUAAUCUCUUCUGGGAUAUGCUGAGUUUCUGUAUCCCAGUUGGACUGAUGCUGCUAGUCUUUUAUAUCUUUGACUUCCGUGGUCUUAUCCUGACUUCAAACGUCGGUGCCUUUGUGGCCCUUGUCUUCUUGUAUGGAUUUGCCAUCAUGUGUCAGAUCUACAUCUUAAUUCCUUUCUUCAAAGAGUCUGGUACAGCGUUCAUCUUCCUUUUCUGUCUCCUGCUUCUUGCAGCCGUUAUCACCAACCUUCCCAACUUUCUCGUUCUUGUUAAUGCGGUGUCUGAGAGGGAAAAGCAGGUGUUUGAGAUCCUCAAUUACGUCUUCUUGGUGUUCAGCCCCUACUGCCUCUCGUCUGGCCUGCUGGCUCUGAUCCAGAACCAGGCCCUGGCUGACAUCUAUCAAGCCUUUGGAAUGGAGGAGGGUAUCUAUGAGGACCCCUUCGUCUUCCUCAAGUGGCACUUCAUUGCCUUGGCUGCAGAGGGCGGGUUGGCUUUCCUGAUUCUGCUCAUCGUGGAUGCUGUCAGGAACAGCGCUUGCAGCAGUUGCUUGGACCCUAAUGUGGAUAACCUCCUACCCGGUUACCAUGACAACGAAGAUGUGAGGGAGGAAAUGGAGAUGGUGAAUAGAGGAGGAAGCAAGGAAGACACCUUGGUUCUGACGGAAGUCAGAAAGGUGUACCGAGGUCCAGGUCGUCAAAAGAUCGUAGCCGUCAAUGAUCUCUGCUUAGCAGUAUCCAAGGGAGAGUGCUUUGGAUUACUGGGAGUAAACGGAGCUGGGAAGACGUCUACUUUCCGUAUGAUCGUCGAAGACCUGUCACCAACAGAGGGCACCAUCAAAAAGAGAGCUAAGAGCAUUGGCUACUGCCCUCAAGAGAAUGCCAUGUACCCUCAGCUGACUGGUGAAGAGCUUCUCUACUGCUAUGCCAGGAUGAAAGGAAUCAACAGCUCUGGCAUGAGCAAGGCUAUUGAAGAGAUCUGCCAGGAGUUGGGGAUGGAGAAAUAUCUUAGGAGGCGUAUCUCAACAUACAGCGGUGGUAUGAAGCGAAGCUUGGCUGUGGCUGUUGCACUCCUCGGCAGACCAGAACUGAUCCUCAUGGAUGAACCAACAACUGGAAUGGACCCUAUCACCAAGCAGAGAGUCUUGAACAGUAUCGUCAAUGUGGUUAGGGAUAACCGCUCGGUCAUCCUCACUUCGCAUAGUAUGGAAGAAUGCGAGGCUGUUUGUACCAGAUUAGCCAUCAUGGUCAAUGGCCAGUUCUGCUGUCUGGGAAGUCCUCAGCAUGUGAAGAAUCGUCAUGGUAACGGCUACUCCCUGGUGGUGAGAGGUCAGAAGAUGGGGAAGACAGACAUGAGCCUUAUUACUGAGUUUGUGCACAGGAGCUUCCCUGGGGCUGAGCUCAAGGAACAUCACCACAACGUGGUCCGUUUCCAGUUGCCUCCACACAACAUCACUGUGGCAACGAUCUUUGGUAUCAUGGAGAGAGAAAAGUCUACCCUCAACCUUGAAGAUUACUCGGUCUCUCAAACAACUCUCGAUGAGGUCUUCGUCAACUUUGCCAAGAAGCAAACUGAUGGAUUAGAAGAUGAAACAUCUUCUACCGCGAGCGCUCACGAAGUCAGCAUCAUCAACAGGGCCUUUGAACCAGACCAAGAUCUUGAUGUCGAUGUCUUCCCAAAGAACACCAAAUCAGCUGCAACACACCUGUAGACGGUAUACUGCUCAUUGUCAGCCAUGGACUGAAACUCUGGCCUGCCACACCUAUGGGAGGCUAGUAGUAAUGCACUUUACAUGUAUGUGUGACAAAAGUCAACCAUGGCAGACCAUUUUAUUCCUUAGGUCGACCAAGGCCGGUAAGGAGUUUAAUAAAAUUUGGACUGUUACCACCGCAUAGGAAUUACAUUUAACAGUAAAGUGUGGUAUAAGAGAAUGGUCAUUUUAGAAUGGGAUAUAGGGAUCUACAGUAUAACUCAUUGUUUUUGGACAUGUGUUUUAAUAAACAAUUAUGUAAUCUUUGCAGUGAUGCUAACAUAUUACAUGUAUAUGCUUGACAACCCAUUUUGUACCAUAAUCUAACCAUUAUUUUUAAACAUUGUUAGGUUCAAGAUCUUUAACAAUAAAAUACAUAUUGCGGUAUAUAUUCUGUAUCCAGUGAAGCAAGAGUCACUGUAUAAAAACAAAUUUACCGAGCUUUAGAAAUUAGAAUAAGGAAGAGCAAAGAGUCGACUAACACAGACAAGGUUACAAUUGAAAUUGUGAAUCAUCUAUGCCAUCACAAGGGAAAAGGUCAAUAUUAUAAUAUACUGUAAUUACUGAAAUAAUUGUAUUGAUAAUAAGAUAUUGUUUUUGUAUAGCACAUAUAUCACAUAAUAUAAUGUCUCUAUGAGCUUCAAUACGACUUUUGAAUUUCAUUACCUGUACUCCAGCAACCAUAGCACUUGGUGUACCCUACCAGGUACCCAUUAACUACAUCGGGGUCAAGGGUGGUGAAGGUAGAAUAAUGUCUUGCCAUAGGACAUUAGUGCUGUGACAGGGAUUUGAACCCCAUACUUUAUGGUUUACAUUAUGGUGUAUAUAAAUGUUACUUAUAGGCCGGUCCUCUAAGAAAAAAACCUCAUGAUUCAUUUCACCAGUCUGCUUUUCUGAUAUUUAUGUUUUUUUUAGAGUUGUUGUCUAUUAAGGUUGGAAUUCCCUUAGUUUCACAUAAAUAUCGUACCAGGCUAUAAUGUUGAUAUCAUUUGUAUGUAAUUGCUCCAAUCCAUCCAUUAAACUUUAGUAUUUCAGUAUUGCAAGUGAAAAUAUCAAAAAGAAAAUUAAAAAUACAUAUGUGUAAUUUGUUAUAAAAAUUUCAUGUUUCAAAGACGUGAUAAUUAUGAUAAAAAUACAUCAUGUACCGCAUAAAUAUUGAUUAUUCAGGGGCACUAAAACAAAACAUAUAAAAUCACAGAAUUUGAGGAGAAACAUAAAAAUACGUACAUGGACUCCUGAAUUAUGAUCAUCACUGUAAAUUACUGAUACAUUGUCUUUCACAAAAUCUCUCAGUACUGACUAGUAUAUUCAUUUUUUCAUGAUUUUAUAUGAAGUGUACUUUAUAGAUCUAUGAAUAUCCAUGUUCUUGUCAGAAAGCUUCCAUUGUAUUGAGUAGAAAAUGUAGAAUAGAACAAUUUCUUUCAAAUUCAUUUCAGAUUAUCUACUCAGAAUAUUCAUAAUGUAUAUUGGAAAUGCUGUACCUAUUGUUUUUACAUAUUAACAAUAUUUGUUUUUUCAGCAAAGAAGAUUGCUGAAUUGUAAAAUAUACAUGUAGGAUGUUUGAAUAAAUGUGAUUCAAGAAAUAAAGUGCUUAAACACUUGUGUGAA